AUGGCUGUAUCCUUGUACAACUUCUCACUUUGUGAUGAUGGAAAGCUUGUACCGUACAGCGCGAAUCAAGACUACCUGCACUUUUCUCCCAAGACCGGACUGGUCAUUGGCACCAGCAAUGAGCCAGCAAACAAUGUAAUCGAUUUGCAGGGAGCCAUUGUCGCUCCCGGGCUCCUGGAACUCCAAACCAACGGAAUGAGAGGUUUCCACUUUACCCACUUCGAUGAUGAAGCUAGCUACGAGAGAAAAGUCGAUGAAGUCGCACGCUAUCUGCCAAGUCAAGGCGUGACUGGAUUCUACAUCACAAUUCCAACUGUCUCUUCCGACGCCUUCAAGAAGAUCCUUCCCCACACGAAACCACGAGACAUCUCCCACGGAGCUUCGCUGCUUGGUGCACAUGCCGAGGGGCCAUAUUUACAUCCUGCCAAAAAAGGAGCCCACAAUUCGUCCUUGUUCUUCGAUGCGACAACCUCGCCUGUGGAGGUAUAUGGGCCUAUAGUGGGUGAUUCCGAAACGUUGAAACUUGUGACUUUGGCUCCUGAAGGAAAGGGAUCAUCACAGCUUAUACGCAACUUGACCGGUAAAGGUAUUCGAGUCUCGUUGGGACACUCGAAUGCAACUUACGACCAAGGACUCUCAGCUGUCGAGAGUGGAGCCAACUGUCUUACACACACCCUGAACGCAAUGGCUCCGUUGCACCACAGAGAUCCUGGACUGGCAGGCCUGGUGACGGUAGCUUCCCACAAGACUGAAAGUCCAUUCUUCUCACUCAUUCCCGACGGGAAUCACCUCCAUCCCAGCGUGGUGUCUAUGUUAUUUAGAGCAAAUCCCAAGAAGUGCAUUGUCAUAACAGAUUCGAUUGAGCUCGCCGGAUUGGAAGAUGGAAGUUAUCCCGGUCAUGCUCAGAUCCCCCACAAACAGGAGAAGAGAGRCUCAAAGGUUGUGAUUGCAGGGACGGAGACAUUGAUCGGAGGCUGUGCAUCGCUAGCAGAGUGUGUGAGGAAUGUAAUCGAGUGGUCUGGCUGUAGCAUGGCCGAAGCUGUUCGCACCGUCACACAGAACAUAUCUGACAUGAUGGGAGAUGAAACGAGAGGCAGAGUAGCAGCUGGAAGACGAGCGGAUUUUGCGGUGCUCGACGCCCAGGCGAACGUGCUGGAGACAUGGGUGGGCGGCCAGAGAGUAUGGCAGCAGCAGUCUCUAGACGUGUCGUAG